GCGAUCGUUUUUUGGACCAGCGCGAUACAGAGUGAAAAAUCUGUGGAAUCAAUCGAACGGAAAAGACAAUUGUGUGGAUAUUCUGGCUAAGCAACUCUCGGCUACCCAAGCGUCCGCUAAAUAAAUAAUCGGCCUGGUGCGUAUUGUUUACUCUCCGGCUCAGUGUGGGCGCGAAGUGGUUAAUUUGUCACAACCUCGACUUGCGACAAGCUAUUACGUUAAAACAAUAUUACUGAAUUGUGACGGAACGAGAACAAAGGGUCCCGCGAAGAAAUCACGCGCCAUUUGCAGAAAAGCCUUUCUCGAAGUGAGAUCGUUUUUGGACAAGCGCGAUAGAGUGGAAAACCUGUGAAGCUACCUGAUCGACCGGAAAGGACAUUCGUGUGGAUAUUUCCGUUAAAUAAGCUGAAAACUGUUACCAAAUGAUGCCGCAACCUAUUGCAGCUCCAGAGAGUGGUGCGACGCAACCAAAAAUUGCAUCAACUACACCGAGUGCAAAAACGGCAUCACCUUCUAUAAUGCAAGUGAUGGAGCGUUUCGAUCAGAGUGGCAUCAAGUGGAAGAAGUGGUUGCAGCGCUUCGAAAAUGCUGUGGAAGUGAGCGGAGUUUCUAAAGUCGUGAAACCGAAAGUGCUGCUGCACUGCAUCGGCGCAAAGGCGUACGACGAGUUGACCGAUCUCGUAGCACCGGCUAAGCCGGAAUCCAUGCAGUACAACGAGCUGGCGGAAAUUCUGACGAAGCACUUCGAACCCGAGCGGCUCGAAAUGGUGGAAUUGUGGGCGUUCCGCAGCCGAACUCAGCAGAAUGAAGAAAGUAUCAAGGAUUACGUUCAAGCAUUGCUACACAUGGCGAAUGAUUGCGGCUUUGGUGACCAUAUUCAGAAGGCGGUACGGAAUCAGUUCGUUUUUGGGAUUCGGAAUGAAAAGGCCCGGCUGAGAUUGCUGCAAGAAAAGCAAUUGACGCUAGAAAAAGCGAAGGAAAUAGCGAUGGGUAUGGAGGCUGUUGAAGAGGAAGAAAAGAAGAGUAAGGUGCUUGGGAAAAACAAGAAAUUCGAGACAACGAUCAAUUUUCCUCUAGUAAAUAUGUAUUCAUCGUGGAAACAGGCAAUCGAUAAAUUUAUUGAUGAUUUACUUAACGCCAUGUCAGAUUACUAUGAGAAAAACAACGGUGUUGCAUUAGACUGUUCAUAUAACAUUGAAGGGAAUAAUCUAUAUCUUACUAUCGAACCGAAAAAGGUUGACGGAAAGAAAAAGCCAGGUAAUUCUCUUCGUGCGAUCGCAUACAAAUGAUAAUUUUGAGGAGCUGAGGAAAAGGCGAAGCAGGGAGGAUUACUUUUUCUAUUACACGAAAAUCAAUUUGAAUUGUCAUACGAAUUUAUGAAACCAGUUAAAAGGAGAACAAAUAAAUAAUACCCUUCCUUAUAGGGGAUUCCUCCUAACGCGUGGAUCUGAGA